AUGAAAAUAUGGAUAAACUUUCUGUCUAUUAUGCCUUUAUUUCUAUUCUACAAAGGAGUUUGUACAAACCUCAUUUCAAUGAUUAAUAAAAAUUAUAAAAUACCCAAUCCCUUUUAUCAGAAAAAUACUGUGUUUAGGUAUGAAAAAGAACAUAAUAGUUUUUACAAGUGGACGAAUAUUAAAAGAAAUAAUGAAAAACAAAAAAGUUUUAACAUAAACUACUGGAAAAAUAGAAAAGUAAAUGAAAAUAUUAUAAAAAAAAAAAAAAAAUAUAUUUUUUGUAAAAAGUAUUCAUUUGGUGAAAUAAAUAAUGAUAAUUAUGAUAAAAAAAAUGGAAAAAGGAUAUGCAUUUAUCUUGAUAAAGAAAAAUCCAAAAUAUCAAAAUUAUGUUAUACAAUAAAUUAUAAAGAUAAAUUAAAAAGUAAGAGUAAAAUAAAAAAAAAAAAAGAUAUAUUACAUAUGAUAUUAGCCCCUAAAGGAUCUAUGCAUGAAAAAAAAAAUAAAGAAAUUUUAAGUGACCCAAUAAAAAAUUAUCCUUGGGAAAUUAGUAUCCCAUUUCAUGAAACUAUUACCUGUGAACAAAGCCCUUAUUAUAAUUUUUUAAAAUCUGAAUGGGCAUAUUUGGAUUAUAAUAGAGAUUCAAGAAAAGCAUGUGGAAAAAUAGAAGGAGGAUUAGAAAAUUAUGAUGGAAAAGGUCUGAAAUUAGAAGGAGGAGUAGAUAGACCAAGAUAUAAAGAAAUCCCAUAUCAUUUAGACCAUGGAGUAGAAUGGAGAAAAUUUAAUCAAGAUGAAUUAAUUAGAUUUGAUUUAGAUCCAGAUGGGAAUCAAGACCAAACUUUUUUAGAAACUGAAGAAGAUUUAGAAAAUAGACAAUGGGGUAAUUGGAAUUACUAUUGUGCAAAAGAAACUACACAAUUAAAUACUGCAUGGAGAGAACCAGUUCUUUCAAAAGAUUUAUCAAAUUUAAUUUAUCCUUGGAGUCACAAAGCUCACGAGAAUCAUGUUAUUCCUUAUGGAUAUAGGGGACCCUGUUUUUUUAUACCUGAACCUAAAUUAGAAUGGGAACUUUCUGCGAGAGGAUUUUUUGGAGGAUAUUUUGAAGAUCCUAAUUGGAAUAGAAUUAAAUAUUAUAAAAUAACAAAAAAAUUAAUUUUAGAGUGGCAUGAAUGUGAUAAAAAUGAUCCUAAAAUUGAUAAGAUAAAAACAGAAUUAUUUGGGAUAUCUAGCAGAAAAAAAUACGGAUCAAAGCAAAUUAAAUUAAUUAAUGAACAUGCUCUAUUUAGGGCAAAAGAAAUUUUACUUGAUUAUAUUUUGGAUCCUAACAAUGACCCAGACUACCAUACUUAUUAUCUUGAUAGAAAUGAGCCAAUUGAUUAUAUUGGAGGUGGAAAUCAUAAAUGCAGUGAAAAAGAAAUCAAAAACAAAACUGUUGUUUUAAAUAUGUGUGUAUUUGCAGUAAAACAGCAACAUGAAUCAUAUUCUUUGAAAAUGUCUAUUGAUGAAAUGGCAGAAAUGUAUCAUUAUUUUAUGACUGAAAUUAGAGGAGAAGGAAGGACCCAUCAGUCCUGUGAGGACCCGGUUGAAGAUAAAUAUCAGUGUUAUGAAUUACAAGACGAAAGAAAAAAAUUUCCUGCUUUAAUUUCUUUGUAUAAACCUUUGUGGACGAACAGGAAAUAUGGAGAAGAAUUUGGAGAUGCUUUGCAAGAAGGAGAAAAAUUCAAAUUACAAAAUUUUUAUAAAUUUAACCAGAAGCUAAAAUUAAAAAAGAAAAGAAGACUAAAUAAAAAAGAAAUAGAUCAAUACAAUCACGUGGAUGAUUAUGAGCAUUUUGACGUUCACUACGAUUUUCAAUAA